AAGCUAAGACCCUGGAGUCUGCAGAGCAAGGCGACCCUGGGGAACUGGGCGGGCGUUGCAAUAUGCGCGGCUUCCGGGGCGGGAGACGGGGAAGGCGACCCGGUCCAAAGGGCGGAGUUCUGCCGCCACCGCCGCCGUUUCCUCUUGCGCGGGAGUCAUGCCUGUGUCGUGGAGAACCGGCCCUCUCGUGUCGUCAGCGGCCGGUUCUUUUGCGAGGCUCCUUGGCUGGCAGAGAAGGACCUGUUCGGCUGCUUCAACAGCCCGGCCGGUGAUCGCCGCCAAGCACCCCUUCCAGGUAGACCUGAAAGCAGGGAAGCGCUACGCCUGGUGCGCCUGCGGCCACAGCAAAAAACAGCCUUUCUGCGAUGGCUCCCAUAAUAAAGCCGCCCCACAGAUCUCUUCCCUGAAAUUCAAACCAGAAGAAGCGAAGGAAGCCUGGCUUUGUGGGUGCAAAUGCUCCAAGAACCCUCCGUAUUGCGACGGCACCCAUAAAGAAGACUUUGUGCAGAAAGCUGAACUUGGUUCCCAUCCACAGUUGUGAAGCAUAAGGGGAGAAACUGUGGGUCCCGAGAAGUAGGGUGAAUGGCAGGAGUCGGGCCAUGGGUCUGGUCUUCCCAGAUGUUCUCCUGGAUCAACCUCACUGAAGUGUCUUGCUGAAACACUUGCUCAUAGGUUUCUGUGAAGGCUGCCAAGGACACUGUGUUUGUGGGAAGUGAUCUAUGUGUCACCUUGUUGCGGGUCAUGAAGCCCUGGCGACUUUGGGCACCUUAGUAACUGACAAAUCGGAGGAGAGAAAAUGUUGCUGUUUUCCAACAGGACCUGAUUAAUGCUGCUUCCCCUCACCUUGUGAAAUAAAACUUGUUUGAAAUCC